GCGCCUACCGGGUUGCUGCUCAGCCGUGGGCUAUCAAACUGCCACAAAUUGCCUCACGUCGGGGUCUAGAUAACGAUAUAACCGGUUGGGUGUGAAGGUAGGUAACCUCUAGUCCCUUUGCGCACUGGCUGGCUCAUCCAACCACGGCAAAGAAGCACCUGGAGCUAUCUGGACACACGCACACACACAAACACGACAAAAAAAAAGAAAAAGAACCCUCCCCAAAAAAAAAUGCCGGUUCUCGAAAUCGCGUGCUUUGGCGUCAAGGCGGGCCUGGACGCGACGGACCCCGGCACGGCCGAGGGCAGGAUCGCGCACGAGGUGCUCGCAAAGGCCGUCAGGCAGCCGGGCGCGCACACCGCGUACUUGGCGCACAGCAUCGAGAAUCCCACCCAGGUCUGGCACCUGAUGGGCUGGGACAGCGUCGAAGCCCACCGGGCCUGGCGGAGCCAUCCCGACAACGCCGAGAUCAAGCAGGGCCUGGAGGCGGCCUUCAUCGACCCCUCGGCCGGCCCCAGCUUCGUCAAGCACAUGGCCGUGGAGCCCUUCCCGGCCGAGGUGCUAGACGGGGCCAAGGCCGGCGUGGUCGAGGUCCUGGCCGCCUACUUUCCCGCGUCGACGACGGCCGGGGAGAGGGCCGGGAUCUCGGGCGUGUUUCGCGACUUCGCCGCGGGGGCGCUGCCCGCCUCGCCCGACUUCAGGGGCGCGAGCAUGGGCUGGGGCGUCGAGAGCGACUUCCCGCUGCCCGGCGACGGGGGUGGUGGUGGUGGUGGUGCCAGGUUCGCGGCGCACUUUGCCCUGAUCGGCUGGACGAGCGUCGAGGGGCACCAGAAGUUUCGCGAGACGGAGGUCUUCAAGGGCAGCAUCGGGUCCCUGAGGGCGCUCCCCGGGCUGGUCAAGAUGUCGGUCUGUCACAUUAGGUGCAAGGCCAUCGGUGCAUGA